CUUUAUAUCUUUUGGAGUUGCUUGUCUUUCGUCUUUAGCUUCUUGUACUUUCUUUUUCUUCUUUUCCUUUCUGUUCUUCGUGUUGUUUUCCCUUGACUUCAUUCUAUUUUCUACCACCAUUGAUCAAAAUGUUUACCAUUUAUUGUCUAGCUCUUUGUCUACCUUAGUAUAGAUGCCUUAAUAGAUAACUGACAUACUGAAGAUAUGUCGAGAGAUUAAGAGUCUUUGCCCCGUCGGCAUAUUUAAUAGAAUUGUGUUCAUUUCUUCAGCGAUCAUUCUUUCCUUCUCUCAUUUAAUGAUUUCCCAACAGCACUUGUAUUUCUUCUUGUUUAGUUAACUUGUGGUUUAGACAUUCUUUUGAUCCUGUGCUUUUCUGACCGUCUUAGCUGCCAUUUUGAACAUGCAGUCCUACUCUCUACUUGUCGAACCACAUCAUUACGUUGUCUUCUCAUCAAAUUUGUGCCUUUUUUGGCUCAAUCCUUUCAUAAUCUGCUGUACUUCUUUUAUGCUUUGUACUAACUAUAUUAUAUACACGAUUACUAGAUAUUGCUUUUAUAUCUUCUCUAUCUCAUGUAUCUAAACGAAUAGAUAUUUACCAUGUGACAACAUCGAUGCAAAAUAGUUGCAUUGACUACUUCUUUUUGUGUGAUACCCAGGUUUGCUGCAGUCCUUGCAUAUGACUUUAGCUAAACAAGAUGAUAUAAAACUUAUUAAAUCUUGUAAGUAUACACUAUAUAAUAUUGUCUAUAACUUUUUACCUUGUUCUUCUUCUAUCUCUUCUCUUCAAUUCGAAACUCUUUUUU